AAGAAGGGCAACCCUCGCAGUGCCUCCAAUUUAGAACCACUGUUGCCUUCGUGCGAUCCUCUCUCCUUUUCGUUUGCCGCCGUACCACUAGCACUCGCCGUCGGAGAUGCCGAAACCCUCCGCGACGCCGAUCUCCGAUUCGUCUCUGGAGCCUCAGGAGGAGGGCGACUCCCGCGCCGCCGCCGGAGACGAUGACGGCUACGAGUCCCUCGGCGAGGACCAGGGAGAAGACGACCGAGAAGAUGAGGAGGAAGAGGUAGAAGAGGCAGAGGGCGAGGAUGAAGAAGUGGGAGACAUGGCAGAGGGAGAGGUGGAGGUGGAGGAGGAAGAGGAGGGCGACGACGGUGAGUUGGAGGAGGUGGAGGUGGUGGAGGAAGAGGCUGCGAUGGCAGGCGCCGAUCUGUCCAACGAAGACGAUGAUGAUAUUAGCAAAAAGCAUGAAGAUCAUUGUAAGGAGCUGAAGUCAGUUUCUUCCAGUCCUGCGAGAUCAUACAUCAAUUCAUCGAAUUCUCAUGUUAAGGAUGUUAGGGGUGGCAACCUUGACAACAAUCCUCCAUCUGAGUCUUAUAUUACUAAGGCAUCUGAAAUAAGUGAUGGUGGUGCCAGCCAGGAAACCCCACAAAGGAGACCAAGGAGUUUAUCUCCUAGUACUGAACUUGAGGGUGUGAACAAAAAGCCUGCAGUUAUUUGCAACUUUUUCGCCAGAGGCUGGUGCAUUAAGGGAAACUCCUGUAGGUUUCUUCACAAGAAAGAAGGGGCUGGCUGCACUAGCCAGGUUGCCAAGGAAGAUAGGACUACUAGUGGAGAUCCGGUUGAUUGCAAAGGUUCACCAGAAAAGUUUGAAAUAUCAAGUAAAUCUGCUUCAAUCGACUCGAUAGGCUUAUCAAUUGUUGAGAAUUCAAGAAAAUCAGAUGUUUCACCAAGUGCCCUUGUCCGGACAUAUGGUGGGGAGAUCCAUGGAUCAUCUCAGAUCAGGGAUGAUAAUAAUUUGCUUGCAUCAAAUACCUAUCCUAAGGAAUGUUUUCAAGGUAAUGUUCCGUUGACCGAUAGAACAUCUCAUCUUGCAGUUGAUGGGUUAAGGCAGAAGACAUUGUUCCAAGAAGGAGGCCAAAGAACUUACGGGCUAAAACAUAAUCUUGAUUCCAUCGGUGAUAGACGCUCAUCUAGUGGAGAGUUUCUAUCAAGAGAUUAUUCAGGUGAGGAAAAAAUAUACAAGGAAGUGCCUGGAGGUGAGUCUCUAAGUGAUGGAUCAUUUUCAAGAGCAUCAUCUUUCACAAAGAACCCAUUAACUUCAAGAUAUGACUAUGUCUGUGGUAGAUCAUUCACAACAACUGAUGUCUACAGGGGUUGCAACAACACCUAUUCUUAUGAAAAAAUACCAGAUAACUUUGCUAUACGAUAUCAAGAGAGCCACUUUCCACCAUAUGAUUCCUAUAAUUCUUGCUUAACCAGCUCAGUUAGUUCAAGCUUCAAGAAUUCUCUUCAUCUGUUUUGCGGUUCGCCUUCAAUUGAAUCAGUUCAUCCAUAUGCUCAAGCAAGGACAAGAUUAGCACAUGGCUCUCCACCACUUGAUGCCAAACAACAAGAUAUUUGUAGAACACUCGACUAUGGUAGGGGAGUCGGUGCUACUACAUCUGGACAACAAAGUAUUGCUGGGGAUAUUCUGACGUUUUCUGACCAGAAAUCAGAACUCCAAGAAAAUACUUGGGAACCUUCUAUACCUUUUCGAUCAUCAUUUUGCAGUGCACGAGCAUUUAAAUCAUCUUCUGAAAUCCAAUAUGAUCCACUUGUUGACAGCAUUGAACCUCCCAAAGUAGGACUUAUAGCUUCAGCUUCUCCAAGAGGGAUCACAAACAGUAUGACAAGUCAACAUAUUGUUGGUUAUCCUAUACUAGGUGAUAUUGCUCCAGAGUAUAAUGUGAAAAAGUCUUUCAACACUUCUACUCCAGCCUAUGAAAGCAUGCUAGAUAACAAGAAAUCACAGCACGAAAUUUGUGGCUAUACAAAUGUUAUGGCUCCUGCUCCAGUAGCAGUUGAUGGGGGAGACAACAUUACUCCUAAGGGGGAAAGUCAGGUCCAUCAUUUGACUGAUGUUGCACAUGUUGAUAAGACAGACCUUGUCCGUAAUAUGAGUAAAGUAGAUGAGGGAAAAGAGAUUAAGGAAUCAAAGGCAGUGAAAAAUUUUCGUACUGCUUUGGUAGAUUUUUUGAAGGAAUUGCUAAAGCCAGUUUGGAAGGAAGGUCACUUGAGUAAGGAUGCUCAUAAGAUGAUAGUCAAGAAGGCCUCUGAGAAGGUCCUAAGUGCAUUGCAACCUCAUCAAAUCCCAAGUGAUCCAGAGUCAAUAAAUCAUUAUCUUUCCAUAUCGAAGCCAAAGCUUUUGAAGCUUGUAGAGGGUUAUGUGAACAAGUAUAGUAAAUCUUGAGUCUAUAGUCUCUGCAUGAGUUUAGUUUUGCACAAAUAUUUGCUCAUGGAUCUUAAACUAAAUUUCUGGUGAGCAUACUUAAAUUUCAUGGUCAAAACUUCUUCAAAAUUUUUGAUGUGGUAAGCUGCAAAUACUUCCCUGCAUGUCAAUUACUUUAGUUCUCUAGUGAACUCCCAGGAUUAUGGGUUUCUUUAGCUAUUGUUAAUCAUAGGGAGGCAUGAAUAACAAAAGUUUUAAUGACAUGAUGCUUUACUUUGUUAAAUGGUAGGUGAUGAUUGAUAUGACCUUAGGGUUUUAUCAUAGAAGAAGAAAAAGAAAAGGGAUGAUCACUUCGAGGGGAUCGGCCUCCUAGGGUUUACCAAAAGAUUGGAAUAACAUUUCAUAGAUAGAUGAAAAAAAACAGAUACAUCCAUAUUUAUAGAGUUUCACCCCUGAGUCCAUCAGCACUUGGAUUCCUAAUAAAUAAAUAAAUCUCAAAUAAAUCCUUAUCCGACUCUUACUGAACUAGACAAACUCAAUAAGACAUUAUUCAAAGUUCAAAAAAUAAAAGGGAUCCUAACAAUUCUUCCCCCUUCAAAUCAGCCUUGUCCUCAAAGUUGAGCAGCAUCAAACUCUUGGAGGUGUUCUUUCAGCACUUCAGUCAUAGGAUAUUUGCGGUACAUCACAACCCGUUGAACAAGUAGGGUCUCCACUUCUUGAUAGUGUUAGCAAUGGGCUAGCCUUCUGGUGUAGUUGUCAUUGCAGUCUUCUGAAGAACCCUCUCCAUCCGAUGACUAGUGGUAGUUGUGACCUUACUUCUACGUCUUCCUUUUAGGAUCAUCUGCUUUCCAUUAAUAAAAAACUUUAUGAUUAGUUUAGAAAAAAUUAAAGAAACAUCACACAGGGUUAAUGGCUAUUCAAUUCCAUGCACCACUUCGAAGUCUUUCAAGGGUAGCAAAAAGAAAUCCACAAGCAACUCUUGGUCCUGUAUAAUCAAUUUUAUCUUCGAACACUUGCUAUCAAAAGUUAAAAUCCGUCCAUUAGCGACUUUUACUUCGAAUUUGUCACAGCCUUCAAUUUGAUUCGAAUUUCAAAGUUCCUUCAACUUUCAUAGUUUGCGGGUUAGAGUAGCCAGCUAAUGCAUGCACUGUAUGUAUAAUAGGUCCAACAUCUUCAUCAGAAUCUAUACCUUUAUAAUCGGAAUUCACAUUGUCGGCUUUUGGUUCCUCCCCAAUUAGUUCAAUCAUUAGAAGUUGCCCUUGUUUACAUCGGUGCUCCUUACUCCACUUUUCAUCAUAGUGCCGGCACAAACCCUUUGUUGAUCUUUCCUUGAGUUCUUCUCGGGUUAGUCUUCAGGUGUUAGGGUUUUGGUUGGGAAUAAAUGGGGCGGGUGGCUUGCUGAUCAUCUGUUUGUUGUCACUUCUGUUUCGAUGAUUCUCCCUGCUGAUUUUUCCUCAUGCAAACAUGCAAAUGAGAUUGCGACUGUCAUAGUGCGGGGUUGGCGAGCUUUGACUUCACAUCGGAUAUCUGGAUUAAGUCCUUCGAUAAAUGUUUCCACCUUGUCGUUCGGACCAGUCUUUGGCUUGAUUUAACGAUUGUUCAAAUCUGUUAUGAUAUUCUAGCACUGUUGAAAUCUGACUCGUUUUAGCGAGCUACCCAUCAACAUUCUCGUAUUCAGAUGGUCCAAAGUGAACGAGAAGCCCUCUCUUGAAUUGCUCCCACGAGAAUACCUCGUGUUAGGUUUCGAACUAAUCAUACCAUUGGAUUGCAUCUCCAUCUAGUUGGAUUGAGGCUAUUUCCACCUCGGAUUCUUCUGGAGUUCUAUGAAAACGGAAAAAAAUUUCUGCCUUAGAGAUCUAACUGGUCGGAUCCCCAUCUUCCCAUCUUGGGAAUUCCACUUUCAUGCGUGGGUAGUUUGUGUCAUGUUCUUGAUUCCUCUUUCCGGUGUCUCCAAGUCGGUUCAACGUAAGACUUGAACUUUCAUCUUGUUGAAACUUGUUGAAGCUCUCUAAUAGGCUCCUUCUGAAAUCAUUAAGGGUUUCUUGCAGUCGGUUCUCAAUUUUAGUUUCCAAAGCUUCUUGUUGGGCUUUCACUGAGUUGUCGGUAGCCAUUACGUAGGAUUGUAGAUCUGUAAUCCCUAACUCUUGUUUCUGGUGUCUAGUUAAGGGCAGCAUUGAGUUGGCUUGAUUCAGUGUGGCUGCCUUGAAGUUGGCCCAAGGCAGCGUUGAGGACGUGAGGGCUCACUACGAGGUUGCCGAGGAAGCGGAUGCCAAGAGCAGCGUGAGGGCUCGUUGCAGUCACUACAAGGACGUGAGGGAUCGUUGCAAGGGUGUCGAGGACACUUCUGGACGUCGAGAGCAGUGUGAGGGUUCGCUACUAUCGCACUAAGGACGCUCGGUUGUAGGACAAUGAUGGUGGCACGACUAGGAGGUAGCAAUGGUGGCGUGGGUAGUUGCUAUGGAAACACCAAGGAUCACGGUUGGAAAGUAGCGAUGAUGUCACGACUAGAAGGCGGUGGCGUCGACAUGGGGAGUUGCCUUGUUUCUGUUGCUGCGAGGAGGAAAUGCUGCUGUCGAGGUUGGGAGGCAACGAUGGUGACGCGAUUGGGAGCAGCAUCGCCGAGGGUUGGGAGCACCGAUGGUGGCGUGGCUAGGAGCAAGGAUGGUGGCACGGUUGGGAGGCAACGACGGUGGCGUGGGUAGGAGUUGCCCUGUUUUUAUCGCUGCGAGUAGGAAAUGCUUUUGCCGAGGCUAGGAGGCAGCGACGAUCGCUUGCCUGGAGGGAAAGAGAUGAUUGCUCGGCUGGGAGGGAAUGCUAAGGGUCGCGGCUGGAGGGGGAAGAGACGGUUGCACGGCUAGGAUGAGAUGCUGGUGGCGAUUGCUUGGCUGGAGGGGGAAGAGACAAUCGCUCGGUUGGGAGGGAACGCUGAGGGUCACGGCUGAAGAUGGGAUGAGGUGUGGUUGAGGAUGACUGCGGCAGAAGGUAGGGUGAGGCGCGGCUGAGGGUGACUGCGGCGGGAUGAGGCACGACCGAGGGCGGCUGCACGGAAGGUGGGAUGAGGUGCGACUGAGGGUGACUUAGGUGGAAGGUGGGAUGAGGCGCGGCUGAGGGCGACUACGAUGGAAGGUCGGAUGAGGCGUGGCUGAGGGCGACUACUGCGGAAGUUUGGAUAAGGCGCGACUGAGGGCAGUUGCGCGGAAGGUGAGACGAGGAACUGCAGCGGGAACGCUAAGGAUCGUGGCUUUGAUACCAGAUGAUAAGACCCUAGGGUUUUAUCAUAGAAGAAGAGAAAGAAAAGGGAUGAUCACUUCGAGAGGAUUGGUCUCCUAGGGUUUGCCAAAAGACUGGAAUAACAUUUCAUUGAUAGAUGAAAAGGAACAGAUACAUCCAUAUUUAUAGAGUUCCACUCCUAAGUCCUUCAGGACUUGGACUCCUAAUAAAUAAAUAAAUCUCAAAUAAACCCCUAUCCGACUCUUACUGAACUAUACAAACUCAAUAAAAUAUUAUUCAAAGUUUAGAAAAAAAAAAAUGAUCCUAACAAUGACAGCCUUGUUUUCAGGGAUACUUAAUGUCGAAUGAUAGACAUGAUGAAAAGAUGUAAUAAUGCUAUUUAAAAGUAAGAUUUGUCCAUAUGACAGUGUUCUCUUUAAUGUUAGAGUAGAAUAUUUAACACUGUGUGUUAUUUUAUUCUUGCAGUCGAUAUUUUUAAUUAUUCGUUCAUCGACAUUGGUAACAAGUCUCACUGAAGAGAAAAUUUACUUUAUGUUAUUGUUAAGUACUUGUAGAUAGGUUCCUAGAGAAAAAAUUGGAGUUAUAAAUUUCUUGGACAUUUGACCUUGUUGCACAACUAAAACUAGGCAAUUGCGUAUAUUGAUGCAAUCAAGUACUCUCACGCAGAGAUGACUUCGACAUUGCUACAGGUUCAGAAAGGGGUUCUAGAAGAUGUCACACUUAGACAAAAACCUUGACUGGUUUUUUUACUGUAUAUCUGGUGUUUUGUAUUGGAAGCAACUUACACAAUGUUUAGGCCUAUCUUUGCAGUUAUUUGUCAAGCCUAAUUCCUCUAAAUGGCUUUCAAUUGGACUAGAUGGGAGAUAGUAGUAGAACCUGUUUUCUCCAUUGAUCUAGUGGUCCCACGAAUGUCUUUUAGUUUCCAUGCCUAUGUACACUGCUGAAGCUCUGGAAUAAAGCAUUAUGUCAAAGGCACUAUUUUAAAAGGCGGCCAUGGCAUGUGGAUGGUCACUGCCAGCGCAUGCUGACCGGCUGAUGGGUAGUGCCAUACAUUGUUAUGAUAUGGGUAUAUCUCAAUAACACUUGAGAAAAAAAAUAAUAACAAAAUACUCAAAAAGUGUACCAAUAUGACAAUAUCAUCACCUGUUAUCUGUAUGGUUCUGAAUUGGUACAAUACACUAUAAUAUGGAUGUGUAUUUGUAUCCACAAUUCCUCUUUUAUAUAGCAUUCAGGAUUGCCCUGAGCUGUCUAUGGAUCCUUUGUUAACACAGGUCAGGUCCUAACAUCCAAAUUGCAGGACAUGGAAGUCCCCACUGGACCACGUGUUUCUUUUUUGGGGGGGAGGUUGUGGGGCAGGGAGGGGAAGGCUUGUUUUUUUCCUUGUCCAGACAGGUUUCACUCAACAUCAUUAGCCUUGUUUAAGUCUGUGAUUGCCAGUCUACUGUCUAUGACUAGUAUCUGCCUUGGAGUCGAAGGGUAUAUCUUGGAUGGAAUUGCAGUGUGCUACAGACAUUGCUCUUAUUGCUAAGUGGCCGAGCCACCUCUGAGUUUGGUAAUCAACUUGUAUAACUUGGGAAGAGUUGUGCUGUAUUCACUUGGAAAAACAAACGCUGAUUGAUGAAGAUGAGGAGAGUUCCUAUUUGUCUUCAUUUUCUUUCUAGCUGCAAGCUUGCUUCUGUAUCUGCACCCUUGUUCAAGGCAUGCUAUGCUACAAUUUCUUUCUUAUGUAUCCAUAUUUUGUUUGUCA